UACUGUUGUCACCCGCUAAAACGUCAACACGUGCAAUUUUUAUUAAACGACCGGAUAAAAAUGCUUAUUUGUACGCGUUUGCCGUUGUGUUCGGUGAUUUGGCAAGUUCAAACCGACUUAAACUUCUUCCAAGUUGCCCAAUAAAUAGGAAAAGCCCAACAAUGUCCGUUCUCGCCGUGUUGCGUUUAAUGACAUUUCGUUCACGUUUUAGGCGGAUUUGCUGUUUUCGCCGCUUCCUUCCAUCCGUCCAACGCCAUCACUCCACGUACACACCAGUGGCUCACCUCAGUCCUGGUAUUGAAAGAUACAAGGACUUGCAAGCUUCUUUUAAGAGACACCUGAAGGCAUCAUACAACAGGUUCUCAAACACACCUGACUACUCAGAGGUGUAUGGACGCCACCAUGUUUACUUCAUUGAAGGAAACUGCAUCUACAGAAUGGAUAAGAAGACACAAGGUGAGUCAGAACCAGAGCAGGUUGUUCACCUGGGACGGAUCCCUGUUGGUGAGGAAGACGAUGAGGAGACAGGACCUGAAGAGUGGACGGUGCAGAGAAUGCGUCUGUCCCCUCAGGAGAAGCAUCUCGCCGUCACAGUGAAGGCACAACACAAGCCAGCUUUAAGGUGUGUGCUGGUGAAGCUCGGAAUGAAAAGAUCUCGUGUUCUGCUCACACUGGACCACGUCUUCAGCUUCGAGUGGGCCACAGAUGAGGUUUUGUUCUACACAAGCCAAGAGGGUCUGCGGUGCCACAGAGUCCACCGUCUGGACUUGACUCCGCACGGGAGCAACGUACGAUCCGUCUACCAGGAAUCCCAGCCUGAUGUGUUUGUGGAGGUGGUCCUCUCCAGAGACCAACAGCUGCUCACCAUCAACAGCAGCAGCAGGACCAGCUCAGAGGUUCUGAUGGUCGAUGUCUCCGAUCCCGGUCUAGAACCCGUCAUGGUUCAGCCACGUCAACCGGAGCUGUUGUACCACCUGGAGCACUGGAGGCGGAGCUUGAUCGUACUCACCAACACGGGGCCUGGCCAGGAAUAUCAGGUGGUGAAAGCCCCCCUCUCUGAGCCCUCCAUGUUGUCCUGGCACACAGUGUUCACGGCCCGUGCUGGCACCGUGCUCAAAGACAUGGACGUUGUCGAGGACCACUGCGUCCUGCUCGCUAAGACGGCAGCCAAUGAGCUGGAGCUGAUUGUGGUACCACUGAUCCAACCCAGCCAAGCAUACACUUUGCAGCUCCCCUCCUGGGCCUGCAGCGUUGAAAGCAAGCGUCCGGGCCUUGCGGACCAACAAGGUGUGUUGGAGUUCCUCAUCUCCUCUCCAGCCCACCCCACCGUGUCCUACUGCCUGUACCCAGAGGAAGGGCUCCUUUUACCAGCCCCAGGUUGCUCUCCCAAGAACCAGGGGAGUGCGAUCAGCACCACACGCUUGCAGGCCUGCAGCCAUGAUGGUACUCUGGUGCCGCUGACACUCCUGCACGGAGCAAAGUGCAGCAAACACACGCCUGUGCUGGUGCACGUCUACGGAGCUUACGGCAGGGACGUCAACAUGGACUUCUGCCUGGAGAAAAGGCUUCUGCUGGAGCGCGGCUGGGCUCUAGCCUACUGUCAUAUCAGAGGGGGAGGAGAGCUCGGAUUGUCCUGGCAAAGAGGAGCUCGCGUGGAGGGGAAGGUCAAAGGCGUGGAGGACCUGCAAGCCUGCCUCCAUCACCUCUUCUCCUCAGGGGUCUCCAGCCCUUCGCUGACCGCCCUCACGGCCUGCAGCGCCGGCGCCGUGCCGGUGGGGGCCCUGUGCAACAGGCGGCCAGACAUGAUGCAGGCGGUCGUACUGCAGAGUCCUUUCCUGGACGUGCUGGGAGCAAUGGAGGACGACCAGCUGCCUCUCACCGUGGAGGACAGGGAAGAGUGGGGGGACCCCGUCAGUAACCCAAAACACAGACUCGCCAUCGCCUCCUAUUGCCCAGUUCGCAACAUUACACCUCAGCGCUACCCGUCCAUGCUGCUGACGGCCUACAGCGCGGACAGCAGGGUGCCUCUGGCCGGUGUCCUGAAGUACGUCGAGAAGCUGAAGGAAGCGGCGGCGAAAAUAGAACAUGAACCAAACAUUGUUGUGAAUAUCAAACAUGGAGGAGAUCACCUGGAAACAGAAGACUGGGACUUGAUGCUGGAGGAGGAAGCCUUCACGCUAUCGUUUCUCUACAAGGAGCUGGGCCUGGAUCCUCCUCCCCCAUCUUCACGACGCAGGAGGACCAGAUAAACCUGUGGAUGCGAAGAACCGGAAAGUUUGCACUUUAGUGGAAGACAGAAGGAGAAGGGAAGUCAUUGCAGUGAUGCUUUCUUAUUGAGUCAGACAUGAAACAAUAACAUUAGAAGAUGGUGUUAGCAGGUAUAGAGAAUGUCCAUGACACUUAAAUAACAGGCCUUCUCAGACACGUAACACUGGCUGGGAUGGUUGGUGUUAAACCGAGCGCGGGCCGAGAACCGCAUCAGCAAACCCUCUCCAGCCUGGGUCUGGAUCUGAGAUUUCUGCACCGCUUUGCGGUCGUUGGCCACGUCUGUGCUCAUCAGAACCUCCAGCUGCUCGGGCAGCUCGCCGACGGCGGAGAGAUCCGUGACGGCCGACUCCUUGCCCAAAUUGAGCACCAGGAGGAAGGCGCGGUCCAGCCCGUCCAGUUCUCGGAUGUAGGAGAAGACGUGGUGGUCUGCGUGGACGUAGCAGAACCAGCCUCGUUGAAGAGCCGGCUCCGACUGACGCAGCGUGUUCAGGAGUCGGUACCGGGACAGGAGCGAACCUUCGUCUUGCUUCUGGUCCUGAGCGAGGACACAUGGAAACACUCAACGCACCGUUAGGAAUAGGGAUAUCCGAAAAGAUCGGCAGUCCGGAAUUAUCGGCCGAUAAAUGCUUCAAAAUGUAAUAUCGGAAAUUAUCGGUAUCGGUUUCAAAAAGUAAAAUGUAUGACUUUUUAAAACGGCGCUGUGUACACGGACGUAGGGAGAAGUACAGAGCGCCGAUAUUCCUUAAAGGCACUGCCUUUGCGUGCCGGCCCAAUCACACACACAAGUGAACGCAAGGCAUACUUGAUCAACAGCCAUACAGGUCACACUGAGGGUGACCGUAUAAACAACUUUAACACUGUUACAAAUAUGCGCCACACUGUGAACCCACACCAAACAAGAAUGACAAACACAUUUCGGGAGAACAUUCGUACCGUAACACAACAUAAACACAACAGAACAAAUACCCAAAACCCCAUGUCCCAAAUUCCAAGCUGCUGUUUUGAGGCAUGUUAAAUAAAAUAAUGCACUUUGUGACAACAAUAAUAAAUAUGGCAGUGCAAUGUUGGCAUUUUUUUCCAUAACUUGAGUUGAUUUAUUUUGGAAAACCUUGUUACAUUGUUUAAUGCAUCUAGCGGGGCAUCACAACAAAAUUAGGCAUAAUAAUGUGUUAAUUCCACCACUGUAUAUAUCGGUAUCGGUUGAUAUCGGAAUCGGUGAUUAAGAGUUGGACAAUAUCGGAUAUCGGCAAAAAAGCCAUUAUCGGACAUCUCUAGUUAGGAAUGAAUAAAUAAGAAAGUGAUGUGUUGUAUACCUCCACGUUGACGUUGCUGUAGUCGGGGUGCACGGGCAACCACGUGGCGUUGGUUCUGUUGGUGAAGCCUGCGUUGGAUGCAGAACUCCACUGCAUGGGAGAACGCUGAGGGUCUCUACUGGCGCUCUGCAGCAAACACACAAUCCAACAAAUAAUAGUAAUCCAGUUCGGAAAUGCAAGUGACACUCCCUGUACCACUCAGGUUUCCAAUAUUUGAUUUGUGUUAGCGAUUAGCAGUGCUAUGCUGCACCUGUAUUAUUUGAAAAUCUUAGUUUUGCACAAUAACAAGGAGUUUGCAGGACCAGAUUAAAUGAAAACACAAUUUUAUACAAGAUAUUUAAGUAGGGGGUCCUUGGCCUGGAACAUGUUGAAGACCCCUGCUUUACAAAGAUAAUCAAGCUGACAUUUAAUCAGCACUGUAACAAUGUGUUCAUUAUUACAGUGGUAGUAUUUUGUAGCUGAAUAUUAGCACAAACAGUUUUAACCUCAUGGGACCCACACUUUUUACUAGGGGUGAGAGGAUCCCAUGUACCGGUACUACUCAAAUUAUCAUUGGAGUUUUUAUUUAAUGAUUAUAUAAAUAAAUUAAACAAUUAAAUGUUUUGUCCAGAUUUAUAUGAAUUGUAAUCAACACAAAAAUAAAGUCCAAAUGUAAAAUACUCAAAAUUAAGCUUUACUGUGUUAUAUUGGAUUUUGAACAGCUCUCUCUACCAGAUGAAAUGGGAUUGUGCUGGUGUACCUAAUAAAAUGGCUGGUGAGUGCACUCAUGUUUUUUGUCUGCUUAGCUUGAUGUCAGCAAUUGCAAUGUACAGUAUUUACUUAUUUCUAAUUUGUAUCAUUACCAAAUAGGGAUGUAUUUACAUAA